CUAAAUGUGAGUGAUUAUUUGUCCAACCUAUCACUAUCUAACCUAUACCACUACAUACUAAUAAUAAUACUGUUUAAAUUAAGUUAAACCGAAAUAAUUCCUGACAAUGUCUGAGAAUUGGGAAAAUAGUGUAAUUCAUGUAAAAAAUAAGUAUUUGUUACCCAGUGCAAAACUAGACGAUCAGAAAUAUGAAUUUGUAUUUGUUCUGGAUCGAUCAGGAUCCAUGGGUGGAACUUCCAUAGAAUUGGCUAGACAAGCCUGUGUGGUGGGUUUAUAUAUGUUCCUACGAUCACUUCCGGUGGACUGUUAUUUCAACAUAAUUGGCUUUGGGACAAGAUAUCAGACGUUAUUCCCAACCAGUGUGAAGUAUGGUCAAGAUACUCUGAAUCAAGCUGUUGCAUAUGCACAAAAGAUGGAUGCCAGCAUGGGAGGAAACGAAGUUGAAUUGCCACUUUUACAUGUUUAUAAUAGUAGUGGAAUCUUGGGAUAUAUGACCCAAAUAUUUCUAUUAACCGAUGGAUGCCAAGAAUUUGGAACUGCUCGAAUCUCAACAAUUGCCAAAGUGGUCUCAGAUAACGAGACGAGGGGACGCGUUUUCACUUUGGGGAUUGGAAGACAGGCUUCCGUCGAGUUGGUCAACCGGGUCGCCGAGGCAGGAAACGGGACUUCAGAAUUUGUUCUGGGAGAUGAUAGAAUUCAAACAAAAGUUCUGAACCAAUUAAAACAUGCUCUAAGAUCGCCAUUACUUAAAGCAGUUCGUAUUGAAAAUCGCGAGAGAAUUCUGGGAUGAAUUUAAAUGUACAGUUGAAUUUUUUGUGCGUAUCACCUCGUUUGCAUAAAACUUCCAAUGUAAAUGUCCAAUAAACUCUGGCUCUAGUUAAUGCGUAAAAACAUGAAAGUGAGUUGACUAGCCCAAAUAAUCCCACUACAUAAAGUUUGUAAUGAGCUGUUGGCACUUGAAUAAAGGAUUAUUUGAUUAUUACGUAAGAAAA